CAGAAGUAUACCGAAACGCGCGGUUGAAUAACGAUAUUAAGUAAAUCUUAUUUCCGAAGAGGGCCUUGAUGUGCCUGCCACGGGAUUCUUGCAAACGUCAAGACAUGAAUUUACAAUUCGACAUACGACUAUAAAUAACCGGUUUAAAGUUUUGAGUCUUGUAUAUAAUAUUUCAAUUGACAAACGAAGUUCAUAUGGAAGAUUAUACCCUGAAUGUACUUAAACGAUUUCUACAAUACAUAUGAUUCUGUUAGUACUGACGAGCCGAGUCCCUCACCUACAUACGAACCAAUUAAUUGAAUUAGUUGGCGCCUAUGAGCAUCAUUGUCGUGACUAAAAUAAAGGAGAUCGAGCUGUAAUAUAGGAAUUCAGUCAGCAGCGCGGACUACCGUAUUUCAAAAUAAUUUCGCUCCCCUCGGCAACUAUCGGCUGGGAUCGGCAGAUUCUGUCCACGGAAGCAUUUUGAAUAGGCGCAUGGCACUAUUACGACUAUGAGAAAUCCCUGAAGCGUUGCUUACGGAGGAGAGGGCGAUCUUGAUCUCUCCCCAUCGUGAUAAGCGCGCGCACUUGAAGUAACGUUAAAAGUACUACGUCAGUGGGUUUCUGGCGAAGAGUCAGUAUCAUUUAGGUUGUACCCACCGCGCCGUUUGCUAUAGAAUCAAGACGCCUAGACGGAACUAUGUGUCAUUCCUACGAUAUGGCGACACUGAGCAGACAAUGACGCUGCAAGUGUACGAGGUUAGGCAAAAAUAAAUCACAACAGUGCAAUGGGAUACUGGAUAUUGACGGUCUUUUUUCAACGUCUUCUAUGUAUUUCAAUACCUGAAGCACAGAACUUCGGGAACUACAGGCACCGUUAAGUGUUAGGUCCGCACUAUGAGACUGUGAUAAAGAGCCUGUUCGGCCCGAGUUCGCAUUAGAUAAAAACCAUCCAGCUGGACACAGUCAAGUGGUGAGCACUGCGCACAAAGAAAGCUGGGUAUACUCAGGAGAUACCUGGCAGCAGUGCGAAAGGAUUCGUCUCGUUGUUGCGUAGCUGUUAAUGUCAUUCGACUCACUCACGACGGCACCGGCGCGAAGAACUGUUGCGACUGGAGCGCCAUCGGUAGCGACCGACACCAGCAGCCAGAAUCAACGCAGAAGCUGGAGCGGGCGCUCAUAUCAGCAGAACUCGCGAGAAUGCGAUCACCCGCAGCAAUAGCGACUGCAGGCAGAACACGACGCGACUAAGCGUCAGCCGAGACGAAAGGAUCCCUGAAGUGAAAAGUAGUGGCAGUCGGUGGUAGCCGUAAUUCUAAAGAGAAGGAUCGUGGUAGCUACGUUGACUGGCGCUGCUAACAGUGGCCGUGUUGAUCGCAGCAGCGGUCGUCACGCUGACGGACGGCUGAUUCUAGCAGCGGUACUGCUGGUGGGGCACUGGCGCUGGUUAAAAGGUACAACAACAGGUUGCGCUGCUUUGUAACUGCGUAAGCGUAUGCCUCAAGUAGGGAUCGCCAUUAGGGCCAUACGACGAUGAAGUCGAGAAAAAGAGACCAAAGGAUACGGGAGGGCGAGGUAACCGAAGAUUUUGUUGAGUGUGGAAAACGGCGACACCUGGUGUCAUCACAUUCAGCAUCUGUGUUGCCCAGCGUACGGCAUACGUUAUUGACGUCUGGGACAUCACGAGACAAUCGGACUCGUAAGUGUAGAUAUGUACAGUUUCGCAGUUACGGUGUCACCGAUCGUCACGCCCGGUGGCGAGUGUCGCCAAUACAAGGUGUACUUCAGCUAGGGAUUUUUCUCGUAACGCUAUUAGGGGCAUUCUGGGUCACAAUGGGCCUCAGCGAAAGUCGAGAGCCAAUUCGAUUGCGGCAUGUUGGUGUCAAACUAGAUAAAGUGGCUGCUCUAUCAGAUGGAACGAUAUGGGCUGCAGGAAAUGGUCAAGUGUUCCUUUACGACGAAAACACCGGAAGGUGGAUCAGCAAGGCUACCGUAUCAGCGCCCGGAACACCUGCCGUUACAAUUGGACGUGCAGAAAUUAAUGGAAGCACGCUUGUUGAGGUCGGUGUCGUAUGCUUUGCUGUAAAUCGCGGACUGUGUUCUAUAAUGGUACACGAUAAAAACAACAGUACGAUUCGUGUUGUUCAACUCGACAAAGACAACUUUAGAAAUCACGGUUCUAACUUUAGCUUGAUUACUCCAUUAGAACACCAUUCAAAAGGCAAGCCCGUACUGUUCGCCGUCAGCAAGGAUUUCGACACAGCGAAUGAGUCGCCGCUAAGUCUUCUGCAACUACAGGACGAUGAUCUAAGCGACCAGUCAACCAUAAAUAAGCCACCGCGUGGAUUUGCGCCCUACAUGGAAUUAAGGAACGGCUACUCGAUGAUGUUCGAAAACAACCUCAGACCGACGAUUAAAUACCUGCAUGCGUUCCAAUAUAAUGGUUUUGCCUUCGUUGUGACAGUCCAGCCGAUGAUUACGAGUAAUACCAAAGCGGUUAUGAAAUACGUAAUAUUUGAGACGCGAGUGGCGCGUUUCUGCCUAGACAACAAAAGCAUGAAAUCAUACACGGAGAUACCGAUAAGUUGUAAAACGAAUGACAGACGAUACGAUGUUGCGGCCCACGCUCGACAUAUUAUUCGCGGCUCCAAUUAUACGCUUCUAGUCACAAUGGGUGAGGCAGAGAAAAACGUGCCAUAUCCAUCCAUCGCGAAACCGUCGGCCCUAUGCGCUUUUAACGUGGAUAGCUUGAGCAGCAAAUUUAGUGAGACGACCAAGCACUGCAGAGAAGCCGCGCGUGCAGACAUUGUCAGGCAAAGUAAUUACUAUCAGAAGCAUGAUCCGAGAAUUCCAAUACAAUGCCAGCAAUCAUUAGAGAAAUCCGAAUGCAAUCCUAAAGAAAAUAAGUACAUCGUAGGAAUGAGGACUUUUGAAGGCAAUGUUGUGUUCGCGUCGCAACGCAAAAAUCCACCCGAUGUUACUUAUAUAUACAAUCGUACCCGAUCGGAAGGAGUUCCCGUUGGAACCCUCACCACAUUUGAGGUCGAAGAACCUGAAGGGCCUAUCGAUUCUGAGCCAAUCUACAUAUGGGUAGCUGAUCAUCAGGACCAAGUACACCGAGUGCUAAUCACAUCUACAUUUGCGAUUCACCUUGUAACUGUCGACACCAAAUUUCUCAAGAGACAAAAUACGGAUUUGCGGGACGCUGUGUAUAGCAGUGAAGUCAGAGACUAUCUUGGUUCGAUAACUGAAUCUGCACACUCUGCAGGUCGAAUCCAUUUUCUAAAACAGGACGAGGUUUUAGAGAUCGACACGCGUGAUACGUGUGCAUUCUAUCUGAAUUGCGGCGACUGCCUAAAUCCGCACCAAAUUACCGAUGGAAUUGUCGGCUGUGAGUGGAAGAACGGUCGAUGUACUCCGGGUAAAGGGAACAAUCAUUGUGCUCCUUUUGUCGACAUAAAGGAAAGCGGUCCAUUCGAAGGUCCUGAUGAAGGUGGCAAUAACCUUAUAAUAAAAGGUUUAGACUUCGGCAACCCCGCCUAUCCAAUCCAAAGCACAAUGCCGGUAAAAAUUGGAAACAAAGCUUGCGCAAUUAAAGAGUGGAGUAAUUCGUCUAUAACGUGUGAAGUACCAGGCCGUGACACGACCCUUUCACAAAACAAGGUGGAAGUUCUUCUGCAAGUUCGUGAUUUCAAAAUGGACGAGCGUUUGAAGAACUACCAUAUUUCAUCUGAGGGAUAUAAACAAAUAGCUACAUACACAUAUUACCCGGUCAAGUUUUACGGUGUGUUUCCAUCAUUCGGACCAGAUACGGGAGGGACAAAAUUAACCUUGAUAGGUGAAAACAUUGGAUACAAUGAUAUGCGAAUCCCACCCAGUGCACUAAUAGGGACAAAUAACAUUACGAAUAUCCAUAUUUGUGAUACGUUCGUUGUCAUCAAUCGGACGCAUCUGACCUGCAACACGACAACCUUCCCGACUGGCAUCACGGAAAGAAGGCUAAAUUUGUCACUGGAGAUUUCUAAAGUAGCUUAUCCAGCAAACGGAACUAACAAUACGACCGAGCUCUUUCAGUAUAUUAACAAUCCGUCCGAAAUCGAAGUCGACGGAUCAUCAAAGCUGCACUACUUCUUCACAGGAGGACGUGCGUAUCAGAUUGUUUUCAGAGGAGAACAUCUAGACGCAUCGGUUGAGCCCCAUAUCAACAUUAAAUUAUAUGGCGAUAAAGUCAUAACUGCUAACUGUCGUGCCCCCAAUAAAACGACUGUGAUGUGUAAAGCGCCAUCGCUAGUCGAUCACGACAUCUACUUGUCCAAUCAACCUAUCCACGCCGGUAUGGAAUUACAGUUCGACGGAUUUCUUUAUAAGAAGAUUCGCUCACAACUAACCUAUUACCCGAACGCAACAAUUUUUGGCAAUAACAUUGAGCAAGCCGUGGCUAGUCCGACCGGUGAGACGCGUAUUACAAUCCAGGGAACUUAUCUUUCUCCACUAGACAAGAACGACAUUAUCGUUCAAGUUGGCGAUAGACCUUGUGAGGUAAACAGCAUUAUCGAGACAACAGUCGUCUGUACUGCACAGCUUGAACCAGGAAGUCAUCCUGUUUACGUCACAUUAAACAGUACCGACCUCCUCGCCAGAACUUACGAAGCUGAGGUAAAAGUCAUAGGACACUCCGCAAGUUUGGAUGGGAGUGUUACUUUUGCUGUUAUAGGCUCUAUUCUAGCACUGAUUGUCGUAGUCUUAUUGAUUAGCCUUUAUUAUUUCUGUGUACGGACGAAAAUUGAGAAAAUUGAGCCUACAGUCGCUUUUACACCUGAAAAUGAUGGCUAUCUCAACCCAGAUAGUGAACGCCUUCUCGCCACAAUUCCACCUGACCCAGAGAUCAUCCAGCAACUUUCAGAUUGGGAUCUCCUGAUGGACUUUUCGUGUAUUCAAGUUGGCGCGUUGAUUGGCAAAGGUCAAUUCGGCUGUGUCUACCGAGGAGUCCUGAAACGCGACAAGAUUAGUGAUGAAGAAGCUGUGGCUAUAAAAACCCUACAACAACGAGGCUAUACUACGAAUGACGCUAACGUAUUUCUUAAGGAAGCACUCCGUAUGAAAGAUUUCAAUCAUCCGAACGUGUUAUGCCUGAUAGGUGUGAGCUUCGACAACAACAAUGCAACUGAUCCCAUGAUCAUUGUGCCGUAUAUGGCUAACGGCGAUCUGCUGAUGUAUAUCCGAAAUCAAGAUAAUACGCCAACUGUCAAGGAUCUCAUCACGUUCGGUGCAAAUAUUGCCCAGGGCAUGUCGUACCUUACGUCGCAGAAAUUUAUCCAUCGUGAUUUGGCUGCACGAAAUUGCAUGGUUGGGGAAGACAUGAUUGUGCGAGUAGCCGAUUUCGGCCUUUCGCGCGAUGUCUACGAAACUUCUUACUACUCAAGUGAUAAUGCUAAAACCAAGCUUCCAGUAAAGUGGAUGGCUCUGGAAAGCCUGAUAUCUGGCCAUUAUUCUCACAAGUCCGACGUGUGGUCGUUUGGCGUAGUAUUGUGGGAGCUGAUGACCCGUGGAUGUCAGCCGUAUCCCAGCGUCGACAAUUGGGAGGUUCAUCUUUGGCUAAAAGAGGGCCGACGUAUGCUACAACCAGCGUUCUGUCCUGAUGCCCUUUACAAGAUCAUGCUCUCGUGUUGGCAUGAAGACCCAGAAAAACGGCCAACGUUUUCUCAGCUGGUCAAGGACGUACCAAACAUCAUUCACACAAUAGAAAUGUCCACACGCAAUGCCGUGCCACAAUAUGUAAAUGCAUGAUAAUUGAAACCAUACCUGAUAUUAGUACUAGUAUUGGGGUUUGAAAAAUCCUAGUGGGCAAAAAUGUCAAAAUAGUAACAGACGUCUUAUACGAAAAAUAAGGAUAAGCAUCGGCUAAAUAGUAGGCAUAAAUGCAUUAACAAACAAACUAGACAUCUCAAACUUCGAAUGGAUCAUCCAACAAUAGUCGAAAUCUAAUUAGGUAAAAUGCCAUUAGAACCAAUACCAUGUCAGAUCCCUCGUCCACAAUGGAAUCGAUCUCUUGAGGGCCAUCGAGACAACACAGUUAUGAUUAAGAUCAUACCGCAUGAUUAUGUAUUUAUUAUUCUAGCUUAUUCAAGCCAGUGGACGACCAGUAACACGCUAGAUAGACAUAUGCAAGUAAAGCAUGUUCACAGUUAUUAUAGGUACAUUAGGCCUCCUAAUGGAUCCUUUUAGAAAAUAAGCCAUUAUAGACGAGACGUGUCCGUCGUUAGAAUACAGUUAUAACACAGGUGCAUUUACAAGUAUUACAUGAAAAUCAUAACAUAUAUAUAUAUAUAUAUAUAUAUAUAUGUAAAAAAAGUCAGCAGAGUGUAUGUUCAUCCAAGUCACCAAUCUUUUAUCAUUCAUCGUUAAUAUGAUCCUCCACCAUUACUUGUUAAUAAAUCUUCAAAAUAGCCUACCCAGGACAAAUAGUCAAUUCCACAAAAACAAAAAAAAAAAUAUUUUACACAAAAGUAUUAUAGUAGAGCUAUUGGUUAAUCAAGGUUGUUUUAAACAGCGCCAGCCUAAAUUUCAGGGAUAAAUGGUAAGGACCAUUAAAAAAGACCAGAUAAAUGGUAACCUUCCGCCCACCUAGUCAUAAUAAUCAGCGUUGUCAAAUCUCUGGAAAUUCAGCCAGCUUGUUCUGUGCAAAUUCAGUCAUUUAGUAAUAGCUGUCGCCUGACGUGAUGUCCACUAAUCGUAAAUAUUAUACCUGAUCUGACAAAUGUGCCUCGCUUUCUAUAUGUAAAUAUUUUGAUUUAUCUCUACAGAAAUGAGCUUUUACUAACUUGCAAAUGAUCGAUAUUGAAAAACUUAUUCGUGUUAAUUUAUCAUUGGUUUGGAUCUAGGUCAGCAUCUGAAGGAAAACUGUAUCUUGUUUGUCAGAUCGCUCACAAACAUUUUAAUUAAUUAUGAAAAUGUUGACUCGAUACCUGUUAUCAUAUCAGUCACCGCAGCUCUCGUUAGUCAUAGAUGUGUAGUACUGCGCCGACUUGUAAAUCCAUAUAUACAUAGAUAUGUCUAAGCUUGCACCUAUUUAUUGUUUAGCUAUUGCGUUGGCUCAUCGUGACGAAAACAAUGUGUCGUUGGAUUUGUUCUUUUUCCUUUUAACUAUUUCUAUUUAAUAAUUCACGAUGCAGGACGUAUGCUACGAGAACGUCAUGAAAGAGAUUAUCGUAAUUAGAAAGAAUAUGUUUGAAUAACAAGCUUUUGUCUAUAUGUAAUAUUAUGGCUAAAUUACGAAUUAAAAUAUUGCAAACGAUUGCAAAACUGGAACAUUCUGAUUUCUGCUGAUUAAACCUUUUUUUUUUCGUUUUUUUUUUUAUAGAGUAAAGAUGCAUACUUGAACCAUUUCAUAAAAUAUUAGUACUUUGUGCAAAAGCCAUUGAAUUACAUAAAUUGAUAUGUGCAAACAAUCUGUUAAUAUUGACGAGCAAAUUGAUAAAAUACCCUGCACUAUUCUUUCUGAUAGUAUUUUAAAAACAACGAAAUUCGAAUUUUCGUUGUACAGGAAACAAAUGCAGUCUAUCUAUCUAUAUAUAUAUAUGAAUUGAUUCCUCAUAAUAAAAAGGA